AUGGCUGCCACCUCUGCCGCCGCACGGGCGCCUUGCGCUGCUUUCGCCCGGUGUGCCCCCACCACCAGCAUUGUCGCCCCUCGCCUGGGCCCCCUGACCCGGCCCGCCUCCCUGAGGUCUACCCGCGGCAGGCGCUCCCUCACCGUGCAGAACGCUGUCAAGUAUGACUACAACACCAAGGUGUUCGAGAAGGAGUUGCUGACCUUCGCCGGGAGCGAGGAGUACAUUUACAGGGGCGGCCGCGACAAGUUCUCCAAGCUGCCCGAGGCCUUUGCCGGCAUCAAGCAGAUUGGCGUGAUCGGGUGGGGCUCCCAGGCCCCCGCCCAGGCCCAGAACCUGAAGGAGUCCCUGGCUGAGGCCGGCAUGGACACCAAGGUGGUCAUCGGCCUGCGCAAGGGCUCCCCCUCCGAGUCCGAGGCCCGCGCCGUGGGCUUCACCGAGGAGGCCGGCACGCUGGGCGAGGUCUUCGACGUCAUCUCCUCCUCCGACUUUGUCAUCCUGCUCAUCUCCGACGCGGCCCAGGCCAAGCUCUACCCGCGCAUCCUGGCGGCCAUGAAGCCCGGCGCGACGCUGGGCCUGAGCCACGGAUUCCUGCUGGGCGUCAUGCAGAACGACGGCGCCGACUUCCGCCCGGACAUCGACGUGGUGCUGAUGGCGCCCAAGGGCAUGGGCCCCUCCGUGCGCCGCCUGUACGAGCAGGGCAAGACGGUCAACGGCGCUGGCAUCAACGCCUCCUUCGCCGUGCAUCAGGACGCCUCGGGCCGCGCGGCCGACGUGGCGGUGGGCUGGGCCAUCGCCACGGGCGCGCCCUUCGCCUUCUGCACCACGCUGGAGUCGGAGUACCGCAGCGACAUCUACGGCGAGCGCUGCGUCAUCCUGGGCGGCGUGCACGGCGUGGUGGAGUCCCUGUUCCGGCGCUACGUGGCGCAGGGCAUGUCUGAUGAGGACGCGUACCUGAACAGCGUGGAGUGCAUCACCGGGCCCAUCACCCAGAUCAUCUCCCGCUCCGGCAUGCUGGGAGUGUACGAGGCGCUGGACGCGGAGGGCAAGGCGACCUUCGAUGCGGCCUACUCGGCGGCCAUCGGCCCCGCCAACGACGUGUGCCGCGAGAUCUACGACGACGUGGCCUGCGGCAACGAGAUCAAGUCGGUGGUGAACGCGGUGUCGCGCUUCGACCGCUACCCCAUGGGCAAGAUCGACGAGACGCACAUGUGGCGCGUGGGCGCCGCCGUGCGCGCGCGCCGCGCGUCGCUGGAGGUCCCCCUCAACCCCUUCACCGCGGGCGUGUACAUCGCCACCAUGAUGGCCACGGUGCAGACGCUGCAGGACGCGGGCCACCCCUUCUCCGAGAUCUGCAACGAGUCCAUCAUCGAGGCGGUGGACUCGCUCAACCCUUACAUGCACGCACGCGGUGUGGCCUUCAUGGUGGACAACUGCUCCUACACCGCGCGCCUGGGCUCGCGCAAGUGGGCCCCACGCUUUGACUACAUCCUCACCCAGCAGGCAUACGUGGCCGUGGACAAGGGCACGCCCGCGGACGCCGAGGCGCUGGCCGCCUUCAAGCACGCCGACGUGCACAAGGCGCAGGAGACCUGCGCCGCCCUCCGGCCCUCCGUCGACAUCUCCGUCGGCGGCGACGACGACUCCACGGGCGUCGGCGCGGGCGCGGCGCGCACCGAGUUCCGCAGCCAGGCCGUCCUGGCCUGA